AAAUUCAUCUAUCUUCUUUUUAUUGCACCAAUGCUCUUUAUUGUGCCACGUCCAUUUACAUUACUCGUACACAACUAGUGUUACUCUUACGUGACCAACUUUUACAAACUAUAUGCUUCAUUAUUUUCAUAUCAAUCCUCUACCAUUACCACCACCACUACCACCGCGAACAUUUUUUUCGCAACCCUUUCCUAUGGCAUGUACAACUUCCUCGAGGAAAGUUCUCGGUUGGUUAGCUCUUAUAUUAGUUUUACGUGUGGUUUUGGGUAGCGAAGAUGGUACUAAGUUGCAACAUAAAAUUACCAUGACUAAAUCUCUAUCAUUUCCGGAGUUUAGUACGUCUAUUAACCCGAGGAUUGAACAUGAUGUGAAACUCCUAGGAAGUGCUAAGUUCUCGAGUGACAAGAGAAGCAUUCAAAUUCCGGAUAUCUCAGAAACAGAUGACCUUAGGCAUCAAGCUGGUCGCGCAAUUUACUCUUCACCCAUUCGGGUGUUUGAUCCUAGUACCCAAACACCAGCUUCGUUUGACACUACAUUCACCUUUCAAUUCAACAAUCAUACUUCGAGCUCAUUCAAUGAUACUCAUGCUUCAGGAGAAUCUCAAUUAUCUCAUGGAGGAAGUGGACUGACCUUUCUGAUUGCCCCGGACGAGUUUACAGUAGGCCGACCCGGUCCUUGGCUAGGAAUGCUAAAUGAUGCCUGCAACGACGACUACAAGUUUGUGGCAGUGGAGUUUGACACCCGCCAAAACCCGGAGUUUGGUGACCCGAAUGAUAACCACAUUGGCAUCAACUUAGGCAGCAUUGUUUCAAAAUCAACUAUUAAUGCAUCAGAUUACGGCCUAUCCUUUGAAGAUGGCUCAACCCAUUUGGCUCAAAUAACCUACAAUGGCUAUUCAAAGAGGAUGGAUAUUCGAGUCGGAUCACACCCAAGGAUGCCCUUAAGAUCAGUGUUUUCGGAUGACAUUGACCUCACUCCAUUUCUGAAUGAGUAUAUGUUUGUAGGGUUCUCUGCUUCAACAGGAAACAGAACACAAAUACACAACAUUAUGUCCUGGAACUUUACCCACAAAACCCCUGCAUUACUCCGGUAUCCAACAAGCGAGACGUGUGAGAGUAAGAUUUUGGUGGGUAAGAAUCAAGUUGGUGAAGUUCGUGCAGUACCCAUCAAAGAAAAAAGGCCAUCUACAACUUUUUUGAUCUUUGUUUGUGUUGUGGUGCUCUGUUUUGUGAUUCUCAUCAACCUGUAUUGCAACGGCAGGAGACCGAAAUCUGGUAGUACUAGUGGUUCGGCAUUUUUGGUCUUAUCGGAAAUGAAGCCCCGGCCAACGCCUCCAAACAAGCCGAGGAGGUUUACAGGGGCAGAGCUGUCACUAGCUACUAGGGGGUUUACUGAUUGGGAGGUUUUAGGGAGUGAUUCAAGUGGUGUAUUGUAUAGGGGUACUUUGCCAAAUGGGUGUCAUGUUGCUGUCAAGCGUUUCUCAAUUCAAUUCUUGAGCUCUUUAACCAUGGACAGAAGGAAGUUCCUAAAGCGGGUUGGGGCUUUGAGCCGGAUCAAGCACCCAGGGCUGCUGCCUAUCCGAGGCUGGUGUUAUGAUACAAGGGAAUAUAUGGUGGUUUAUGAGUAUAUGUUUAAUGGGUGUGUUGAUAAGUGGUUGUUUGGUGUUGGGGUUUUACCUUGGAGUCGGCGUUUUAAGGUUGUGAAAAAUGCUGCUAAUGGGUUAAGCCAUCUGCAUUCGCGUCAACUUGCUCAUAACAACGUUCAAGUAAGCAGUGUUUUCCUUGACGUGAGCUUUAAGGCCUCAAUCGGGGAUUUUGGACUGAGUGAUCCAUUUGGGAUUGAUCCGGUAUCCAGUAGAAGUGUUGAUGUGUUCAACUUUGGCAUUUUCGUGCUUGAAGUAGUGGCCGGGAGGAAGAGAUGGGCAGCCGAGCCAGAAACUAGAGUGUCAGGUUCUAGUCAAAGUGAAAUAGAGAUGGAUGAAAUGGACUUGGUGGACUAUGCAUGGAUAAUGCAUGAGAGGAAUGAGAAAAUUAAGAUGGCUGAUCGAAGGAUGGGAGCCGUGGUAAAUACCGAUCAAGCAGUUCGAGUUGUGGACAUAGCAUUGCUUUGUACCUUGCCUGAGAACAAUGGAAGGCCUACAAUGGAGGAAAUAGUUAUGUUCUUGACCACAGACUGCCUCUUGCCCAAGCUGCCACCAAAUCGACCGAUUGUGUUGUUUCCAUACAACAGCGGCCCUCACCUUUGUGGAGGCUACGCUUGUGCUCCCUUCAGUUAAAAAUUGAGAGUAACAUAAUCAGAAAUAUCAGCUAAAAAUCGAGAGUAACAUAAUCAGAAAUAUUUGUGUGAUCGAGAUGAGUUGUUGAAAAAGAGAAUGAUAAUUUGAUUAUACUGCAGCAUUUAUUUGCAUUUACAUUAAA